AACCAUAACGAGAAAACGACCGCUAACUAUUACUCUUUACCGAAUUAUAACCGAAUGAUGGGCUUUGUACGUUUUUGAAAAAAAAAAUAUAUUCACCCGACCGGAAGCCGCUAACAGCUGACGACGGCUCGCAGGUGAAGAUGUCACAGCCAUGUUUGGCCACCCCUGCCGCUGCCGCUCGGGGCUGUGAGGAGGCGAUUUAAACCUCGCUCGACGUGAACAACGACGGCGAAUCGUCGCCGACGAGCGGUGGAAUAACGGAGGGGGACGUGGCGAACUUCGAGCGCGGGAGGUUGGCGGCGUUGGGCGGCGAGGAGGCGAGGGGGAGCGAGGCGAAAGCGGCCCGGUGCGGCAAUGGCGGGGAAGGGCGAGAUGCCGGCCUGCUAGAUGAGCGAGCGGGGUGUGAAUUAAUUACAUCGGCAGUGUUAAUUAAUUAGCUAGGUAGCUAAUUAUAGCUGGCUGCUGUUGGUGGUGCUGGUGCGUCCCGACAGGCAGCCGAGCCAGCCGGCGGUUGUUGCUGUUCGACUGCACGUGUACAACAGCAGUUUUGCUGUUGUAGUGUGUGUGGCAGGCGAACCACAACCACCACCACCACCCCCAUCCACCCACUGAGUGGCGGAGACGGUUCAAGCAAAUCCGUGCUGUGGUUCUUGUCAUCCUUCGUGCCAUUCAUUGCUUCGGAGUGCUUGGACGCUGGAGACGAUGGAGCUGAUGCUGGCCGAGUGGGACGAGGCAGAGCGCUUCUCCUUCGAGGACAGUGACCGCUUCGAGGAGGAUUCGCUCUGCUCCUGGAUCUCGGAGCCCGAGUCGCUCUGCCAGAACUGGCGCGGGUGGAAGCGCGCGUCCGCAGGGCCCAACUCCCCGACUUCCAAGCUCAGAGCAGAAGGGCAGGUGUCGCCGCUGGUGGAGCUUGCGGCGCGGCAGGUGGCGCUGCACAUCCCGUUCGAGGUGGUGGAGAAGGUGUACCCGCCCGUGCCCGAGCAGCUGCAGCUUCGCAUCGCUUUCUGGAGCUUCCCAGAGAAUGAGGAGGACAUCCGGUUGUACUCGUGCCUCGCCAACGGGAGUGCCGACGAGUUUUCGCGGGGAGAGCACCUCCUGAAAGCCCGGGCCGUGAAGGACCCUCUGCAAAUAGGCUUCCACCUGAGCGCGACGGUGGUGCCGCCCCAGAACAUCUACCAGGCGAAGGGCGCCUACAACGUGGCCGUCAUGUUCGACCGCUGCCGCAUCACCUCCUGCAGCUGCACGUGUGGCGCCGGAGCCAAGUGGUGCUCGCACGUGGUGGCCCUGUGCCUCUUCCGCAUCCAGAACGCCUCGUUAGUUUGCCUGCGCGCACCCGUGUCUGAGUCCCUCUCGCGUCUCCAGCGAGACCAGCUCCAGAAGUUUGCUCAGUACCUCAUCAGCGAAUUACCUCAACAGAUUCUGCCGACUGCCCAGCGACUCUUGGAUGAGCUGCUGUCAUCUCAGACCACGGCCAUUAACACUGUAUGCGGGGCUCCAGAUCCUACGGCAGGGCCCUCUGCCUCGGACCAGAGCACCUGGUACCUGGAUGAGGCCACGCUCAGCGAUAACAUCAAGAAGACACUGCACAAGUUCUGCGGGCCCUCUCCCAUCGUGUUUAGCGACGUGAACUCGCUGUACCUGUCGUCCACCGAGCCCCCCGCGGCUGCCGAGUGGGCCUGCCUGCUGCGGCCCCUGCGCGGACGCGAGCCCGAGGCCAUCUGGAACCUGCUGUCGAUCGUGCGCGAGAUGCUGCGGCGGCGCGACAGCAACGCCGUGCCGCUGCUGGAGAUUCUCACCGAGCUGUGCCUCGCUUGCGAGCAGAUUGCGGCGUGGUGGUACAACGUGCGCACGUCGGCGUCGCACAACAGCGCGAGCGGGCACACGGGCCGCCACGGCAACAGCAGCGGGCAGUCGGAGGUGGCGGCGCACGCGUGCGCCAGCAUGUGCGACGAGACGGCGGCGCUGUGGCGACUCGCCGUGCUUGACCCCGCCGUCAGCCCCCACAGACGCCUGGAGCUUUCCGAGCGACUCCGCGAGUGGCACCUGCGUGUGCUAGAGGUGGCCAAGAGGGGCCAGUCCCGCAAGAGCCAGGAGCACCUCUUUCUGGGUUUCAAGCCGGCGCUAGAGGCCUGCUACCUCAACUGGGAGCAAGUGUGCCCCAUUCCCGGAAUCACCUACUCCGGCGGUCCGGGCGGCGUGACCGGAGCGUGCGGUGGCGCCGCUCCGCACGACAAGAAGCCUCCGCGCAGACCGUCGCCGGCACCAGCCACCACCACCACGGUCCCCGGGCGGCCCAAGUCGGCCUCGCCCAACUGCUGCCCCAAACCGCCAGGUUCGCUUGGCUUCUCCAAAUCGUCUGUUGGGGCCUGCACCGGGAAGCUGACCGUCACGGGCUGCCCCAAGCACUUGCAGCCACGGCAGCAUCUUGGGGUGGCGGCCUCGGCUAACGGCAAGGGUUUGCUCGACGGCGGGAUGGCACUGCUGCCAAAAAUGCCGGCGGUGAGGGACGGUGCCAUUGCCGCACAGCUGGCGAAGGCGGUGCUGAAGAGCCCGCCUUCGACGGACUCCUCCGUCCGCCCAAAAGACGUGUCUAAGCGGAAAGGGGGUGGCGGUGGCGGCAGUGGCAACGCCUUGGUUUCGCCAGGAGACGGUUCGAGACCCGGCCAGUUGAAAUCCGGCGCGGAUGCCUCAGAGAAAGCCUCGUCGGCAGCGGCGGCUUUGACGGUGACGCCAGUAGCAGCGGCGUCGGGCGGCAUGGCUUGUGGCCGCGGGAAGCAUGGCUCGGCGAAGACGACGUCCGGCAUUGCGGCCGGCAAGGCGGCGUCGAAGCGCGCGGUGAGCAGCGAGGAGGACGGGGACAGCUGCCUCGAGCCGGACAUGGUGGAGCUGCGACCGGACGAGAGCGGUUUGGCGCUCGGCGCCGAGGCCUGCAACACCUUCGCCUCGGACGGCGAGAUUUUCGGCGGCGAGUCGGCCUCAGACGCCUUCGAGAAGGGCCGCCCCAAAGACCCGUCCGACAAAGGCUCUGACGGGAAGGUGGCGGCGGCGGCAGCGGUAGCGGCAGCAGCAGCAGCAGCAUCCGCGUCGCCAGGGGCUGUGGUCAAGCGGAGCACGGAUGCGGCGGGCAAGCUCCUAAAAUCCAGCUCCGAGUCCAGCGGCAGUGGUGGCGAGGCGUCGGUAGACGGCAAGGAGACGGUGGUGGGCGACGGCGCGGGGGACGUGAAAGCGGCCGAGCCGAAGCAGGGGGACGGGGCAGCGAAGGUGGACGCUGCUGGGCUGCAGAACGGCGCGGCCGUGGUGGCGACACCGGAGGCGGGGCCGUCCGCCGCCGCCGCCGCCCCCGUUGUUGGCGCGCGUGUGGAGGGGGUGGCCAUUCCCCCGGAAAAUCAGGACGACUACAACCUGUACUUCUACAUAUCGGUGGAUGCGGCCAAGGAGGAGGAUAAGCCGCCCGAGAGCGUGGUGGAGGAGAAAGAAGACGUGUUUGCAGGAGUCCGGCCGUUGGAGCUGGAGAGCUUCAUGGAGGUGCUGUUCGCCUGUGCCGAGGCCCUGUACUCGCACGGCUAUGCGGCGGAGGCGUGCCAGCUCGCCAUCGAACUCGCCAACGAGCUCCUGGGCAGCCCUCCUGAUCUCAAAGUGGAGCAGCCGCAGACCAAGGGCAAGAAGGCGAAGGUGUCGACGCACCGGCAGACGCUGCUGGCGGCCAGCACGCUCUCCAAGGCCGCCUUCCUCAUCUCCGUGCUGAGCGAGCGGUCCGAGCUGCACGGCCUCGCCUUCGUCGUUGGCCUCUUCGCCCUGGAGCUGCAGCGGCCUCCGGCCUCCACCAAAGCCCUGGAGGUUCGCCUGGCCUACCAGGAGUCGGAGAUCAUGGGGCUGCUCAAGAAGAUCCCGCUGGGCGUGACGGAGAUGAGCGUGAUUCGCGAGCGCGCCGAGCAGCUGCGCGAUGGCGGGUUCUGCGACUACCGUCCGGUGCUGCCCCUCAUGCUGGCAAGCUUCAUCUUCGACGUGCUGUGCACUCCCGUUGUUUCAUCCACCGGGUCGAGACCUCCGAGCCGGAACAGGAACUCGCAGCUUCCGGGAGACGAGGAGCUGGGCUUUGAAGCGGCCAUCACCGCUCUAGGCCUGAAGACGACGGUGAGCGAGGCGGAGCACCCGCUGCUGUGCGAGGGCACGCGGAGGCAGAAGGGAGACCUGGCCCUAGCGCUGCUCAUCACCUACAAGGACGACCAGGCCAAGCUCAAGAAGAUUCUGGACAAGCUACUGGACCGCGAGAGCACCACGCACAAGCCGCAGACCCUCAGCUCGUUCUACUCGUCUGGCGGCAAGCCUGCCAAUCAGAAGUCACCCUCCAAGCACGGCAGCCAAUCGGCGUCCUCGCUGCACCACAGUGGGGGUAGCCACGGCAACCACCCGGGGAAUGCCGGGAGUGCCGCCCUGCCGCUGCGGACUGCCGCCGCCUCCGACACAUUUCAGGAGGGCCUUGUACAGCAAGACUGCGCCCAGCCGCGUAGCGGCGUGGCCGAUGGGCCUGCAGGGACGGCGACGGACGCGACCGGGGUCUCGGGUCGACCUGAGGGGAAGGUGACGGGCCGGCUUCUGCUGGGGUCUCGCGGCGUCUUCAACGGACGCUCGUGGGGGUCGCCCGUCCGGCCCAAGAAGAAGCACACGGGAAUGGCGAGCAUCGACAGCAGCGCGCCCGAGACGACGUCGGACAGCUCCCCGACGCUGGCGCGGCGCCCCACGGGGCCUCGCGGGGGCUGGGGCUGCACGUCGUGGGCACGGGGCCAGGACAGCGACAGCAUCAGCAGCAGCUCGAGCGACUCGCUCGGCUCGUCCUCCUCCAGCGGCAGCCUCGGCCCCGCCGGCGGCGUCGGCGGCGUCGGCGGCGUCGGCGGGGGCCCCACCGUUAGUGGGCGCAGCAAGGCCGGGGAGAUGAUCCGCUACAAGGGCCGCCGGGCCGAGUGCCACGCACCCCACGUGCCCAACCAGCCGUCGGAGGCCGCCGCCCACUUCUACUUCGAGCUGGCCAAGACGGUGCUCGUGAAGGCGGGCGGCAACAGCAGCACGUCGCUGUUCACGCACCCUUCGUCGAGCGGCGGCCACCAGGGACCCCACCGCAACCUGCACCUGUCGGCCUUCGAGAUAGGCCUCUACGCGCUGGGGCUGCACAACUUCGUGUCGCCCAACUGGCUGUCGCGCACCUACUCCUCCCACGUGUCCUGGAUCACGGGCCAAGCGAUGGAGAUCGGCAGCGCGGCGCUCAACAUCCUGGUGGAGUGCUGGGAUGGUCACCUGACGCCGCCCGAGGUGGCCUCGCUGGCCGACCGGGCGUCACGUGCUCGCGACCCCAACAUGGUGCGCGCCGCCGCGGAGCUGGCGCUCAGCUGCCUGCCCCACGCGCACGCCCUCAACCCCAACGAGAUCCAGCGCGCGCUGCUGCAGUGCAAGGAGCAGGACUCGCAGAUGCUGGAGAAGGCGUGCGUGGCCGUCGAGGAGGCUGCCAAGGGAGGCGGCGUCUACCCGGAGGUUCUCUUCGACGUUGCCCACCAGUGGCACUGGCUGUACGAGCAGACGCUGGGCGGGCACGCGCGUGGCGACGGCGCCGGCGGCUCGGAGCACGGCCACCGCCACGCGGAUCGAGAGCACUCGCCCGGCAGCCACCACCACCACCACCAGCAGCAGCAGAGGGGUGGUGGCAACCCACACGCUGUAUCCUUCUCGGCCGUGACGCCCUCCUCUUCCUCCUCCUCCUCCUCUGCCGCCACCGCCGCCGUGGUCUCCCCGUCGCCGUCCUCGCGCUGCCACGCUGUGGUGGCACCCUCGCAGGCCGUGCAGGCUCUGUACCAGGCGCAGCCGGGUGGGCACGUGACCACCGUGCAGCGAGCUGGCGCGGUUAUGCACCAGCAGCAGCAGCAACAGCAGCAGCAGCACCAUCACCAGCAGCAGCAGCAGCACCAGCAGCAGCAACAGCAGCAGCAACAGCAGCAGCAGCAGCAGGCCGCGUUUGCGUCGUACGCAGCCUUGCCUGCGCCAGGGCCGCAGCCGGGACCCACGGCCAUCGCGGUGGCGCAUCACCACCACCACCAUCUGCCCAUGUACCCGACGGCGCAGUACGUGGGCCAUCGGCACGCCAUCCAGCAUGUGGCAGCCAUCUUCCAGCCGCCCCCCACACCUGGGUACCCUCAGGGAAUCCACCCAGCGUUCCUGCCGGCACAGUACCAGUACACGGGGGCUGGGGGGCCCCACCCAUCUCUGCCCACGCCUCCCAUGCCCCUGCCCGGUGUGGCCAUGCAGACGGUGCCGCAGGUGGCGGUGCACCACGCCUACCAGCCCGACGCCGGGCUGCAGCUGACGCCCGUGGCGUUUGGAGCCGUGCAGACUGGGCCGUCCUUCCAGCUGCUCUCCGGGCCGACCCUGCAGACGCUGCCGCCAGUGUCGCAAGCCGCCCCCCCGCCCCAGGCACCCCCCGCUGGAACUCAGACGCUGGCGGCUGACGAGCAGCAGCAGCAACAGCAGCAGCAACAGCAGCAGCAGCAGCAGCAACAGCAGCAGCAGCAGCAGGUGGUGGUCAGCCCUCAAGGUCUGCUCCACCUAUUGUCCGCCUACAGAGUCGGGAUGCUCGCGCUGGGGAUGCUGGGACGGCGAGCGCACAACGACCACCCCAACAACAUCUUCUCGCGCAGCCCACCCUACACAGAGGACGUCAAGUGGCUGCUUGGCCUUGCCGUCAAACUCGGCAUCAGCCACGUGCACCAGUUCUGCAUGGGCGCCGCCAAGGGCCUCUUGAGUCCGUUCGUGCUGCAGGAGCUGAUCCUGGAAGCCGUGCAGCACCUGUCACGGCAGAACCCGGCCAACCUGCACGGGCACCUGCGCUCACCCGCGCUCAGCCAGCUCGUUCAGCGCUGUCAGCAGACGUACAGACAGUGCAUCGAGCAUCGUUUGUACCACAUCAGCCCGGCGGACUACGACGACUUUGUGAGCCUCAUCUGCAGCGCGAGGGCCGCCUUCUGCCUCACGCCCGUCGGCAUGGUGCAGUUCAACGAGGUGCUGCAGGGCCUGCGCCGCUCAAAGUACUGCAAGAAGGAGCUGUGGCAGCGCAUCUUCGCCGAGAUGGCCACGUACACUGCGUGAUGGGCACCCCCCAUCGCUCCGGUCUGCGUCUAAUGCUGCUCGCCUGCUGGACUGUGGGCCGCUGUCAAUAAUUCCUUGCAGUAUUGGCUACAUCCAGUACCGCCCCCCCCCCCCACCUACCUACCUUUGCUCAGUUGUGCCGCCCCUUUCGUCCAGUGCUGCCCUUUGUCGCAGUCUUGCCCCCUUCCAUUCAGUGCCACCCACAUUCAGCAACGGCUGCCACCUACACACGUCAUUCACUGCCACCCCUUCCAUCUGCUACCAGCCACCAUCUUCAUCCGCUGUCACCUUAGACCGGUGCCGCCCCCUUGAUGCGUUAAGAUGGAUUCCCAAGCUCGCCUUUCCUGCCUGGCGCCCGCCAAGCAAACGCACAUCGACGCUCGGCGAAUUGUGGUCGGGACGAACGGAGGUGGCGUGCGCUGCACUGAUGUGACGGCUUUACGGUCAGACUAGCGGCUGCGGUCUCGUCCGCCCCCCCCCCCCCACCCCCUCUCGCGAGCCCAAACACACCAACACUGUCUGCCCCCGUGUGGCGGGUCCGGUCGACGGAACGGGCCGAGAUGCGCGCCGGCAUUGCGCCGCUGCCCUCGGGCCCGCGCCGAUCUGCACGCCGGCGUUCUAAUGCCACGUUCUCGCCCGUGACGUCUCCGGUACCCCGUUGCAGAGCCCGGCAGCCAAGGGGCGCCGCUGCCCCGCCGCCUGACGUUCACCCACCCGUCUGCCUCCCGUCUCCGGGAGUUGUCUCCCUUGUGAGUCCGUCCAACGUCUUGGCUGCCUGCUCCGUUUCAUUUUCUUACCAGGUCUGUCUGGGUGAUCCUGAUGCUGUCCUCCCCCCCCCCCCCCCCCCCGUGCAGUUUGUUUGCCGAGGGUAGCGGUGAUUGGACGAGCUCGCUGCAAAUUGUCGUAUAUAUUUUUUUCUUCGUUCGUUGUUUCUUCCAAUACACGUCCAUGGCCUCUAUUAUUGUGUUUUUGUUUUCUUUGAUUUGUUUUUGUAAUUAUGAAGCCUAACCAGCGCGGUUAAUCAAUUGGAUUGUUGCUCAGAUCCUUCGGCAGAAGUACAAAAUGCAAUAAAACUACCAGGUUGUGUGUAGAGCCUGUAACUUGUGGUAUACUCACCCAAACUCUGCAUAUCAUCAUUCAAAGUCAAGUCACAGGAAAAGGGGGUUCCCACUGCCCAUACUAGCUGGCAUGAGGUGGCAUACAUGUUCAUGUGAGAUGACACACAUGUUCAUCAGUGGUCCUGAACCAGCUGUGGAAAUUCCAUGUUUCCAUGUCAAGAGACCAGUCUUAAUCAAGGGACCCUCAACUUUUGUCAAUUCCAGAAAGUGGUAGAGAUUAUUUCAGCUACAGAGGAGGUGCGAUGGGCUGAGUUGACCCCUGACUAGGCUGGGUCGCUCUUGACCUUCCAUUUGUGAGUUGAGAGCUUCAAGCGAUGAUUCCACCUCAACAUGUACACCAUCGUGGAUGGAAAGUAUAUUCUCUAGCGAGUGAGAAACACACGUGGUUUGCUUUGUUUUGUCAACAAGUUUACGCAUUCACAAUUUGUGUAAGAAAUCUUUUAAAAACUAAUUUUCAUCUUCCCAGCCAAAAAGGAGUGUUUGGGGGGGUCCCAUUUCCCCAAUCAUUAGCAUGACACUUUGUUUACAAAGACUCAUAACCCAUUGUAGUUUGUUAUAAAUGCUUGCAGGUGUAGCGUCUUUUUAAACAAAAGUUUUUCAUACGAACCCAGAUGUCGGCGGCACGCCAUCAUGGUUGUAAACAAGUUUUGGGCAAACAUCCUGAGUUUCGACCGCUGUCUUUGAAUGCGCGGUAGGGAACAGUGGUGCGCUGUGUCCAUUUAGGAAUUACACAGCGUAUAUUUUUGUGACGUUUAAACCAUCCGUUUGCUGUCGGGUGGCUCGCUUUGGCCGAGUUCAGCUCGUAAAUCCCCGUGGAGUACCAGUAACAAAAAACAUAUACGAAGCAUUUUUGUAAGUGUGAAGGUUGUCAGAAUUUAAAUCAAUUCUGAAUGAUAACAAUUUUACCAUUUAUGGUUUUUAUUAAAUACAACAAGAAACCCAGCACAGAAAUAUCUCCAGAUCCAGGUUUUAAUUUGUGUAGAUGAUUUAAAUACAUAUACAAGUUUCCAUACACAGCUCAGUUUUGUGAUUUGUUUUUAAAAUGGAACAAACCGUCUCAGUAAAGGACAUCAAACACAUAUUUUCUGCUCACGUUUGCCAGCGCCCUUAACAAGAAGCAAGUUCCAAGGGUGACUGCUGUUUGCCCUCAUAUACUGGAGAUAUAAAAACGAAAAUGGGUUUAUAUUUAACCGCACCAGAUGUGGUGGAUGGUAGUGAUAACUGUACCGGAGGUUCAAUUAUGCCCACCACCACGAUAGCAAAAAAUCCCUACGUCAAGAGCUUCAUCGCAAUUACACGCCGUCUCGUCAAGAUUGUGGUUGAUGAUGAGAUCAACUAGGAAGUUAGUUAUUCAUGCUCCAAACAUUGACGUGAGAACGCCAUUCCAUUGCCCAGCACUCAGGGAACUCUACUCAUGCAUAUAUUGUUGUUUGCGUACGCAUUAAUUUAAUGUAUACAUAUAGGCGCAGGGGCUCCCCUCUUCCCCUCGUGCCCCUCCUCCCCCUCGGGGUGGGUGGGGGGCAGAGAUCCCAGUGUUUUAAGUUCCUUACCUACGUGGGUUUAUAUUUAACCACACGUUGUGAGGUGGAGUGUUGGUGGUAAUGACGCGCUAGGUGGUCACCACCCGCUCCGAUAACUUCACCGAAAGUUCAGUCAUGUCCAUCACUUGACGACAAAAAUCCGUAGGUCAAGCGCUUAGUUGCAGUUGCACGCUGCCUCGUCGGAUUGUGUUUGAACAAGUGAAUAAGGAAGAAAGUUUCCUCUCCAAAUUAGUUUUAUUUUGCUUGUGUCCCCCUUUUCUUUUUUUUAACAAAUGUUGAUUGGGAGCAAACAUUGGUCCGACACCUAUUGACCCAUUAACUCAAUCGUUUUCCGUUUGCUAAUUUUAUCAUCGCACACGUAGCUCUGCUUGGCACGUGCACGUUGAUUAUGUCUUUGAAUUGCAUUUCUCCUCUGUAGUUCCAGGUUUGGCCCUGCUCUGGUUUGAUGUGGUCCUACUGCCUCUUCAAUUUAACCCACUGCUCAGCUCUCCGAUGUGUCUUCGUGUUCGUACUGCGCGUUCGUUCCGCGUGUUUUGCACGGUGUGAUGUCUGGCGUUUCGGCACGUUGGAGAAGAGCGUACCAGUCAUCAUGCCUGAUAGAACACGCGGUGCGACCCAGAAACACGCCGGAGUUCGAUACGGCACAACCCGCGAACACAUAGGCAGCAACCGUGGCUAAAAUGGAACUUUCCUGGAGUUAGUGUGUUUUUUCCGGAUAACGUGGACGGUGUUCAAACGUAACGUUUCCCAUUCUCCGCAAUGUUUUCGGUCACCAAAUUGAUGUACACGUUGCGCAAUUGGCAUUCUGAUACACGUCGAAUGCGUGGUCUGAUUCGGAGCCAACUACGCACCCAACUAGCUCCACAGAACCGCUCGGCAUGGUCAGAAAUGACCCGACAUCACAGGCUCUAACCAGACAUCACUCAUGGUCCCGUCUGUGACAUUCCCUACAAUUUGCUCUUGUCGAUCCUGCAAAUGAUAGCAGUUUGCACAUGACGGCCUGGUUUUAAUGUCAAGUGGCUAUUCGUGAUUCCCAAGAUUAAAAAAUUCUAGAAAAUAUGAAUGGGUAAAAAUAUAUUUUUUGGUACAUUUUGGUCCGAAUAUUUCCCCGUUUGCAGCCAAUUCCUGGCUAUAUUUAGCAGUGUUUUUUGCUGACUGAUAUGUUUUAUGUUAAAAUGCUCAACGUCAAUGGACUGACAUGGAAAUCGAUGAUUGUCAGGCCACAGGCAAGUACACGUAGUGAAUGUCACUACGAUAUAAGGUUGUGAUUGUGUCAAAUUUAGUUUUCAGAGGCAGAAUUUCUUUAAAAUUGGUGUGAACUAAGAAUGGUUUGUAUAUACAAAUUGGGUAAACGUGUGUUGGUUACAUCACGUCUAAAGUUAAUUGCUGCAUGAUCUUUAAGAGCACCAAAUGUCACAUCACAAAACGCGCAAUUUCGUACAUUGCAUAUUGAACUAUUCGUGCGGCACCAUCAUAAUUGUACAUGGCACAUACGCGUGCCUGAUAAUUGUUUUGUUUUGUUGUACGUGAUUCGGACAAGAUCGAUACCAAACCCAAACAAACCAGGAUGAAAAACAAGACUAACACAAUACUAAUUCAUUUAUUGAAGGAAAAAAAAUGGGAUUGUCCGUUUGAAAAGCACAUUAUACGGGGUGGUUUCUACAUCUUAACUUGCUGGAGAUGACACGAAAAGGGAGUUAUCUUUUUCUCAAAUUCGCAGCAGCCUUUCAACGUGCCACGCUCUUAAUUUGAAUCGUGAGGCCAGCGUCGUGCGGGCGGAAAAACCCCGAGCAAUGUCAUUGGUGGGCAGCAGAGGCAAGUGAUGAAUGACCUGGUCGCCGUUUAAAUUCAGUUUGUACCCCCCCCCCCCCCCCUAGUGGUGUGUCGACUCGCGUGUUCUGAGAAGAGAUUAUUUUGCGAUGUAUGCAAAUUAUAUCCAGAUAACGUGCUCGUGAGCCUUUCGGCUCAGAGCGUCGACUGAACGAUACUGAAGAAAACGACGGACGGCACACAUCACGACGGACGAGACCGUACGAAACACGUAACCACUACAAGAUGAGGUGACAACCGAGAAAACGGACAGUACCUACGAGACAAAAAAAAAUUAUUGUCGUGCAGAAUGGUGACCAUUAAUUUUAAAUCGCCACCGAGCGAAUUGCUCGCACAUCUCAUUCUAAUUUGCAGACUCGAUGCGACUCGGCUAUACCAUACAUUAUGGUACUUGAAGGCGGUUAUAGGACAGGACAGUCAGCUUCACACCACACAAGACCUCAUGAUUACAGCGACAAAGUGCAUUUUCAGGUGCGGCCACAGUGCGGUACAUUGGGCGGCAUUAUUUCUCCCGGUGUUCGUGUUACAAGCGGAGAGGUGUCCAGUUGCUUUGAAAACUUAAGGCGCCGCAAUAACAGAUUGCGCCCCGGUGAAAUGUUCGGCUGAUUUUGCAGCCCGGGUCGUUGUGUAGUGUCCACCACGUGUUAUUCGUGAAGUGUUUGAGUGACUGGGCGGUUGUAUUGUGAGGCUGUAAAAAAACAAAUGUGCGCGUCUUGUGUAAUUGCAGCGUCCUCUUGCGGAAACGGAACCCUCCUCUCUCCGUAGCAGCUUCACACGAGGCACACAAAAAAAAAACAACUCAACACAUCCGUCAAUAACGCAGCUUGAAAAGGAAGGGUGUCUAUGUAGGUGACUUUUCAUGGCACGCGUGCACGAUCGUUUUAACUGCCGAUGGGUUUAUGAGUUGCGAAACGGGAGUUCACGUGAGGCAAACUUCAGGGAAGAACUUCAUUUGAGUUCCUAAGACAAAAUACCCCCCGUGUGUAGCCUUUAACAGACUGCUGGGGCAAGUGCUGUUAGCGAGCACUAAUGUAGGCCGGCACGGCACAGCCGGCCGCCUUUGUCUCCCGAUUGGCGAUGUUUGCUACGCACUUGCACCAGGUGCUCGUUUGAGACCGACUGAUUGGAGUUCCUCACACUACAACACACGGGCACUCGUAAGACGCCUUCCCGUCGGAAGUCCCCGAUCACACGUCGCAAACCCCUGUCCCCCUGUCCCCCGAAAUGGUUCUAGAAAGUUCCUCUUAACGACUCCUUUCCCUUUUAAAUUUUGAUUUAAAGCUUUCGUGACUGCAGGGAUUAAUAUUCUUGGUUCUUUCGGUAAAGUCACGUAGAAGGGAAACAAUACAAUAAUAAAAAUAUAAAACAAUAAAAUUCUCACGACGCUUCGACUACAAAACAAGCAAUCAUCAUCACCAGGUGAUGAUGAUUGCAGGUCCUUAAUUUUAUUCAGGAUGCAUCGCCAGGUGAUGAUGAUUGCUUGUGUUGCAGUCGAAACGUCGUGAUAAAUAUAUUUUUUAUAUUUUUAUUAUUUUAUUGUUUCCCUUCUACGUGACUUUACCGAAAGAACCAAGAAUAUGACUCCUUUCCCGCCCUAUCUCUCCUCCUGUCCCCCGUCUGCUUUUUCUUGCCAGCUGCUUUCCCGCCGCCUCCUUGUGUUGGAUUAAUUUCGACCGUGUCCUUGCCUAACCUCGAUGUGACCCAACCCGGCCCUGACAAAAAUAGAUUUAGUCUCGAAUAAAAAAAUAUUGUUUUUUUUAAUCUAAGGCAUUAAACAGAAUACACCAGCUUUAGAAAAUGUGUCCCUCUCGAGUCCAGGAGAGGUAUUUUUGCAAGUCCUUAAUUUUAUCCAGGAUGCAGUGAUUGAUAAGGAAGAUUAUUAUUUCUGCGAGCGAGGUGACGUCUGGAGGUCACCACCAGUUGUGCUAAUAUAGCCCACGUGUGUUUUUCUUUACAGAUUGGGGGCCCUAAAACCAGGCAUUUUCAACUAAAUUUGCUCAACUGUUCAGAGAGAAAUGUCAUGCAAACAGUUUCACGUAACUUAAGACUCCUUGCCAUUGCAUCAUUACUUGUGAUUCAAGGUCGCAAUUUGAUUCAGAAUCACUGCAAUUUGAGCAAGGAACUACUCUUAACUUUGUUCGGUGAAUGGUAGCACCUUUCGUAGCUUGCUGGGGUGGAUUCCAUCUCACUACGUAGAGCGCAUGAUUUGCCAAGUGUCGAUUCUACAAGCGAUUUGUUACACGUAUCUCGAGCCUUAGAAUCAAUGACAGUCGAGGGAGUUGAUGCAUCGUUACACCCCUAUCCGAUGCACACAACGCGAGUGGUGUGUUGUUGUGUUUGUUCGCAUACUGAGGAUUGUGUUCAAACGCGUGAAAACUCCAUUUAAAUUUGGCCACGUGGCUUUGUUAACAAAAAUUCCCCCACUCUCCCGCGUAUCGUUAAUUCGCGCAAUUCUCAAUACGUCGGGGCAAAUGACCGUCUGAGCGGACGCGUCUAUAUUUGCGUCUUUUUUUCUUGUUUACUUUUCAUUCAAGACAUUUCUCAUUGAAACAUUGAUGUCGUGCACCCCCUCUCGUACCCACACCUGAACGAGCCCGCGCGAUCCGUUUGAACUGGGAAGGGGUUCCACACGCACUGGCUAACUGAGAAAUGUCAAAAUUGGCGUCAGGUACCGCGCGGGUAAACUGGAACUCUAUCUCGCGCCGUCUCCCCGCCGGUGUCGAGACGGCCGACGAUUGAGUUGGUGUGUUUUUGUGUUGUGUCGGGCAGAAGGGGGGGCGGGUAGCAUUUGUGUUUGCAACCUCGAUUCUAACCACGGGCCCGAAUGGCUGGGGGGGGGGUGAGGUGGAAGAGGGGGGGGAGGUUCCUCUUUCCACGCCUUGCAAACCGUGCUCCGGCCCGUUAGGUAUUAACAACAAGAAUGACGCAAGGUGCUUUAUUUUCCCAUGCGAGAAAGGACGAAGAGGGCACAAAAAAUAACGACUCUGAAGAGGCCGUUGACUUAGAAAGGAAUUGAGAGCAUGGUGGGAGAUGUUCGUGAAAAAAAUUAAGUCGAUAUUUUUGUAUAAUCGUUUUACCGAUUUCGGAUUUGUCGUCUUUCCCCCCCUCCCCUUUUCUGAACGCAUGCUGACGAUGCAUUUAUUUUUGGGUGUUGCUGUUUAGGUGUGGUGACGAUUUGAUUCCGUUACCACGUUUUUGUUGGGUUAUAUGCGUGUGUUCGGCAGGAUUGCCCACUUUUGGCCGUGUGAAACCCCCUUAAGGGGUUAUUGCCGAGCCCUAAGCAAUGUAACCCAAUGAUUGUGUCUCCUUCACGGUGGCCAUUGGUGACUGACAUGGAAUCAGGCGGCACGUAUAAAAUAUCGGGUGUGAAAGGAGGCAUCAUGAUUGUUUUUUUUUCUUUGAAGGAUGACACAGUUAUGACAACUAUACCACAGGAUUUACAACUGCCGUUUUUACUUGGUGAUCGAUUUUUUUCGUUACUUUCUAAAAAAAAAAAAUUCAAAAAUUUCUCCACAAAACUAACAACAAUUACGGGGAAAGAAUUUGUAUUGCAACAAUUUGUUAUUUUCUCCCUUAAAGUACAAAGUGUUAUUUUUUUUGAAAAAUAUUAAGCAGCUAUGAAUGGAAGUGGGUGAUAAUUCUUCAUAUAAUAAAAAUAUAAUUGCCGGAACGUUAAAAUAAUUGUGGAAAAAAAAUUAGAAUUUUUUUUUUAUUGCUUAUUCAUUGAGUAAUUGUGUUUAAUGUUUCAUUAUUUUUUAGACUUGCAGUGUUUAUAACAUUCCUACGUGUAUUGCUUUUUUUUCUUGUAUAUUUCUACUUUGUAAACAAACUGGUAAAGGUUCCAUGCUUUGUUUGUGUGUGCAGAAAAUCAGUUUAGGCAAGCGAGUGGUUGUGUGUGUAACGGAAUGGACCUACAAGUGGGACAGUCUCCCUUACCCACAACUGACUUUACUUUGAUCGUUUUAUACAAAUGAUAACGUGUAAAACCCUGUUUCAUUUCUCUGUUGGUUUGUUAUCGUAGAGAUGUGUUGAGCCGUUUUCCUCCAACCUGUUUAGGAAAUGUAUCAAAUUACUUUAUGAAAUAAAAAAACAUUUCUCAAA